AUGUCUCUCGAACAACUCACUACAGAACUUACGUCACAUUUCAAUCGGGAUGAUUACGCCACUUGCGCAAAGCUUCUUACUCCAAUUAGAAUCGCACUUAUAGAGAACGGACUUUUGGUUCCUAGAUCCAACUCGAGAGUCAACCCCAAUGACAUGGUGAUAACCAGAUCGAUCCUUGAGAUUGGUGCUCUUGUUUCUAUCAACACAUCGAAUUCUCAAGAGUUCUCCAAUUACAUUACCCUGCUCCGUCCAUUUUAUACACUCGACGAGGGAACUAUACCGGAGUCUAACAAUAGAAACAAGCUUCUCAGUCUUUACUUACUUCUCUUGUUGACAAAGGGAGAUUUGGCCCUAUUCCAUAUUGAAUUGGAGAAGUUUCAGAACUUUGGAAAAUCUGUGGAUCAACUCGAAGAGGAUGAAUACCUCAGUAUUCCUAUUAAAUUCGAGAAAUGGAUUAUCGAUGGAGACUUCAAUAAGGUCUACGACACUCUUUCAUCGAAGCACAAGUUCCCUUGUAAAGAGUUCAAUCUCUUCGAACCAGAUUUAUUGAAUUCCAUCAGGGUCAACAUUUCGGAGAACUUGGAAAGUGCCUACUCUAGCCUCCCAUUGGAGAACUUGAAGAUGCUCUUGUUUCUCAAGACCAACGAUGAGACCAGAGAGUUUCUAAAGGGAUUUAAUUGGUCUCUAGCGAAUGGCAUUGUUUACUUCAACAGAAAUCCUAACGAACUGCAGGAAGAAAUCACUGACGAGAAGCUGAUAAUAAGAAAUGCAUUGGGUUACGCUAAAGAGAUGGAGAGUAUUAUCUAA